GUGCUUCGAUCAAACAGAUCUGCUAAGUUUUUUAAAAUGUUUAGAUUUGUUCUAGUCCUAGUUGCUUUGGCAGUGGUGGCUGUUUCCGCCCAAUGGGAAGGAGGUUACGGCGGCCAUGAACACAAAGAUUACUACGCCUACCCGAAGUACAAGUUUGAAUACGGGGUCAAGGAUCAUAAGACCGGAGAUCACAAAAACCAAUGGGAGCAUCGUGAUGGAGAUGUUGUGAAGGGACAGUAUUCGUUGCAUGAGCCCGAUGGUACUGAGCGAAUUGUGGAAUACUCCUCUGACAAACACAAUGGAUUCCAGGCGCAUGUGAAGCGUGUUGGCCAUGCCCAUCACCCGCAGGUGUACGGUCAUCAUCACGAGGGCGGUUUUGGUGGAGGGUCAUCGUACGGUGACCAUGGUCAUGGACAUGCCAGCAGCUAUGCGAACUCGAAUCUGUAUUCGCAUCAUCAUUAGAAUUUGCCGAUUGUGAUCUCAUAUCUUAUGUAAUUCCAUUCUGUUACCGCCUGUCGUUGCUACGCUUACUUCUCGAAAAUAAAACU